UGAAAGAGCCGUUCCCGCGGACGGUUACGGGUCUGCAGAUUUUCCCCAGGCUGCGGUGGAACUCGUUGCUAGGCUGACGUCAUCGCUUCCGCCCUGCUCCUCCUCCUCCCGUGUCGGCGGCGCUGCUGAGAGAAUCCAACAUGGAGUAACAGGAGAUGGGGCUCGAACGGGGCCACCACCAGCAACAGCACCGCACACUCACAACCACUGGCGUUUUGUAACAAAAUUCACACUCCAGCACGGCAAGAAAAAGGGUGCGCUUACACUGUACAGAGACCCGCGUUAACAAGAAAGCAAGAGAAGAACCGGCAAAAUGUGAAAAAUGAGGAGAGUACAGUCUGUACCCGCUGUGGGAUAUUAUUAUAGGUGAAAAGAAAAAAAAAAAUGACCGAAGAAACACACCCAGACGAUGACAGCUACAUUGUGCGUGUCAAAGCAGUGGUUAUGACCCGAGAUGACUCUAGUGGAGGAUGGCUUGCACAAGAAGGAGGUGGUCUAAGCAGAGUUGGUGUCUGUAAAGUCCUUCACUCAGAGGCUCUCAAUGGGACAAGUGACUUUCUAAUCCAUGGCGAGCGACUAAAAGACAAACAGGUGGUGCUUGAAUGCUUCUUGAAGAAAGAUUUGAUAUACACAAAGGCAACACCUACAUUUCAUCACUGGAAAAUCGACAACAAGAAAUUUGGGCUGACGUUUCAGAGUCCUGCAGAUGCUCGUGCAUUUGACAGAGGUGUGAGGAAAGCAAUUGAAGACCUGACAGAAGGAUCUACUACUUCCUCUUCAACAAUCCAAAAUGAGGCGGAGGUCGGUGAUGAUGAUGUGUUUACAACUGCUACAGAUAGUUCAUCAAACUAUUCCCAAAAGAAGGAGCUGCCUAUGCAGGCACUGACCUCCUCGACCUUCUGUGAACCCCGCAGACAUCGCUGCAUCUUGGGCCAUUUGCACGACCAUUACAAUCCACAUGACCACUACCUUCUAGAUCAGUCUGUGCCUAAACUACAGCUUCAUGUCAGUUUUCAAGACGACGAGGAGGACAUUGUUCGGAUCAAUCCUCGAGAGAGGACCUGGCUCACAGGGUACGAGGACUACAGACACGCAGCCGUGCGUGAAAAAUGUAUCGAAACUGAGGAAAUGGACUCGUAUGUACAUUUUACCAAAAGUGAGGCCUCAAAACACGACUACAAUUAUCCUUACAUCCCAAACUCAGACUCUGGGCUGAGCAAAGACCUAAAGCGCAGCAGCAGUGUUGUAAACACUCAGCCUCUCUCUUUGAAAUCCAAAUCGAGACGGAGGAAGGAGGAUGGGGAGAGGUCAAGGUGCAAGUACUGCAGGGACAUGUUUAACCACGAGGAGAAUGGGCACGGACAGUGCCAAGACGCCCCGGACCCCAUUCGUACCUGCAUCCACAGAGUCAGCUGCAUGGGGUGCGCAGACAGUUUGCUUUACCACUGCAUGUCUGACCCUGAAGGCGAUUACUCGGACCCUUGUUCUUGUGAUACCAGCGAUGACCGGUUCUGUCUCCGGUGGUUGGCACUUGUCGCUUUGUCCUUCUUGGCUCCCUGUAUGUGCUGUUAUCUGCCACUGCGUGCAUGCUACAACUGUGGUGUCGCAUGCAGGUGUUGUGGUGGGAAGCAUAAAGCAUUAGGAUGAUUGUUUUGUUGUUUUCUUUCUAAAUUCCAGUUAUAAAUAAGUUGUAGCACAUUAGCUUGGAUGAGACCGUAUAGAUGCAGGUAACUAUCCAGCCUUGCCCUCUGGUGAAAGAAGUUCCCAAUUUUAUAUGGGCCUUUUGUGCCACAAUGCAUUUAUCCUUCGUCAUACAUUUUAAAGGACUAACUAAUGAGAACUCAUUUAUAUAAAUAUGUAACGGGGGAAGAAUGUCUUGUACUUUAUAUUUUUUACAUUUAUUUGUUGUGUGUGGUUGUUGUGAGAAUACUUUUGAUAGGGUUUUUCUUUUUUGCCACAGCUUGCCAAGCAAAGACCCUUUUUUUUCUUUUUUUUUCCUCUUCUGCAAGCAAAGGCACUUAAAUUUAACUGGCAUAUAUAUAUAUAUAUAUAUAUAUAUAUAUAUAUAUAUAUAUAUAUAUAUAUAUAUAUAUAUAUAUAUAUAUCUAAAUAAAAUGUGUGUGUUUAAUUCAUCUGUAGUCAGGUGGAUGGUCGGAGCAUGUACACAUGCACUAUGUGUGUGUAUGUCUUGAAAAGAAAAUGGAUUAGUAACAAUUUCAUAACCUAUUAUUGUUACUUUAAUCGAAGCCAAAAUAACUAAAGUCCACUAAUUUCCUCUUGACAAUUACCCUUUAAUUUCCUACAGUAAGAACUUUUUUACUUGUGUGAAAGAAAAACCUUAUUUGACAUCCAAAGAUUAGACAGUUUCACUUUUUUCACUAAAUUGAAACAUCAGCCAAUGGGAGAUUUUUUUUUAAAAGCACAGUAGUAAAGAUGACAAGAAGUAAAGGGAUUUAAAUGUUUACCAUUUCACAAUUAUAUGUGCUCUUUUAGUAUUUAAAAAUACACGUUUUUUUAACAAUUUUAAAAUCUUCUAUUUUUAACUCAUAGCACACACACAGUUAUCAUUUAUAGCAACAGUCAGUGCAACCUUCACAAUAUGAAAGGGAUUAAAAAACAUGCUUUAAAAAAAAAAAUGCCUGAAGGUUAUGAAGCACUGUUCCUUUGUCAUUCUUAAAUACAUAGACAAAAAUGAACUAAUGAAGGGUGAUCGGUUGUGAGUAAUUUUGCCAAACUAUCUUGCAAUAUUUGUUUUGUAUAAAAUAGUCUACACAGUAGCUGAAGGCUUCACGUCUUUAAAACUAUACUGAGAAGAAUGAGUGUUCUGGUUUUGUUUCUCAUCGGUGAUUGGUUUAAUAUUGGUGGCACUGGAUAUAUAAAUGCUUUCAAUUGGUGGGUGAGUGGUCACAGAUUAUUGUAAAUCCUAAAGGAGACUUAAAACAAAUAUUUUACCCAUGUUCAAAACUUGUAAUCAGCUUGAAAAUAGUAUUUUUCUAAUAUAUUUCAAGGAAUAUCCAAAUAAUUUUGUAAUAGAAAAUAAAAUAAAUAACACUAGAAAUUAUAGCUAAUAGCAUAGUACAAUCUGAAUUUGAGGCAGCUAGGAAUGGUCUGUUAAAGCUGGUGGGUGGCUUCAGCCAGAUUUACUUCCUGCAGUAAAAAUCUGCAAUGAGAACGUAUCCUUAUCCUACUGUGCAUUAACAUAGGUCUUACCCUCCACCCGAUAAAUAAACUAAACAUGCUUGCUGUCUUUUUUGGUAACCCAACUUUACCAGUUUUGUUUUAUAUUCACAAUACAGGUACAAGGUUUAGGUAACACUUCAGUUAUCUUUGUAAUCCUAUUUUGUUGCAUUGCUGCCAUUGGUGUUUAGGUUUCAAUAGUGGAUACAAAAGAAAGGGACGGAAUUACUGUAUAGUAGCUAGUCAACCAGGGUGACAUUGUAAAGUAUAUGUAUAUGAAAAUAAGUUUAUGUACAUUUUAUAUUUUCCUGAUCACAGUGAUAAAUCUAAGUUUUUAAUGGAUAAGCCAGCCUCAAAUUAAUCCUACCCUUUAAACAAUACCCAAAUAUUGUACUUUAUGAUUGACGUAUGGUCUUACAAGUGUAAGAAAGCACAACACUAAAAUGAGACCUUAUACAAAUUGUGCAAGUAAUAGUGCCCAAAGUUUAUUGUAAGUCAUAUGUUUAGUAUGUACUUAAGGCCUUUAUGUCCUACUGUAAUUUAUUUGGUAUUGCAAGUUCUUAACACAUUUACACUCAUUUUGAUAAGUGAAAUCAUGACAAAUGUAUGAUAACAAAUGUGUAUAUAGCCGUUCUUAUUGUACAUUUUCCAUUUUAAAAUUUCCAAUGUGUAGUGUUCCACCCAGUCAGCUUUGCAACACUGGCAUCAGUAGAGAAUUUACAUUUUAUUUUUGUAUCUAUAGUAAAAUUAACCAAAAGCGUUCAUUUAUUUGGUGCAGUCUUCAGCAAAUGCACACAUUUUAAUAACAAAAAAGUGCCUGAAGCAUACAUCUACCAUCUCCUUAUGUACAAAAACAAAACGCUGUUGAAUUGAUUAGAUUUGUUUUUGGUUUUUUUUUUUACAAUACGCAUUUUUACCUCUGUAAAAAGCUACAAAAUAUCAAAUGUAUGAUGUACAUUUUUUAGUUAUUCUAUUUUUUUUUUAUUGUUUCUAAUAUGUAUGAUCAAUGUAGCUUUUGCUUUACAAAUGUACUAUGUAAAUACAAAUACAUCAUAUCAAAA